ACGGGCAACACCGGCUGGGAAAAUUGUCGGAUUGGGGUGUGAUAUUUUCGAGCCUCUCCUAAAACAUUCAAACCCAGAACCACCUCACCUCCCUCCAGCAUCAUCACGAAUUACGCUCACUAGGCCGAUACGAUGGGUCGCGUGAUUCGUAACCAGAGAAAGGGUGCCGGUAGCAUUUUUACCGCCAACACCCGCCUGCGAAAGGCUCCCGCCAAGUUCCGCUCCCUCGACUUCGCAGAGCGCCAUGGAUACGUACGUGGUGUGAUUAAGGACAUCAUCCACGACCCCGGUCGUGGUGCACCUCUCGCCCAGGUCCAGUUCCGCAGCCCCUACAAGUUCAAGCAUGUGACGGAGACCUUCAUCGCCAACGAGGGCAUGUACACGGGACAGUUCAUCUACGCCGGCAAGAACGCCGCCCUGACCGUCGGCAACGUCCUUCCCCUUGGUUCCAUGCCCGAGGGUACUGUCGUUUCCAACGUGGAGGAGAAGGUUGGUGACCGUGGUGUCCUGGGCCGCACUUCCGGCAACUACAUCACUAUUGUCGGCCACAACCCCGACGAGGGCAAGACCCGCAUCAAGCUCCCGUCCGGCGCCAAGAAGGUCGUCAGCAGUAGCGCUCGUGGCAUGAUCGGCAUUGUCGCUGGUGGUGGCCGAACGGACAAGCCUCUCCUGAAGGCGUCGCGCGCCAAGCACAAGUUCGCUGUCAAGCGCAACAGCUGGCCCAAGACUCGUGGUGUUGCCAUGAACCCCGUCGACCAUCCUCACGGUGGUGGUAACCAUCAACAUAUUGGUAAAGCUUCUACCAUCUCGAGAUACGCCGUGUCUGGACAAAAAGCCGGUCUCAUUGCCGCCAGAAGAACGGGUCUGCUACGUGGUACACAAAAGACGAAGGACUAGAGAGGUUCUCCAGGGCAUUUGGUGGUUCAUCACACAAUAGGGUCGGAGUUUACUUCAUUGCGCUUUGCAUCUCUGUAGGUACUGGUUGAGCUAGAUAUGAGGAAAACGGCUCAAUGGAAGUACCCGGCAUUACGAAGCAUUUCUUUGACGAGUUCUGGUCUACUGCGGUCAAUUACGUGAAAUUAAUUUCAGCGUGUGGAAUGCCAGAGUAUGUCCGGUAACUAACUACGGGGCGACCAGUCUCGUGACCCAAGCAGUCUUUGAUUGUAACGGAGACUGGGGUGCGGUAGAAGUUCAAUGAAGGACCAGCGAUUGAAUGGAUUGGGUUGCAUUUCCUCAAUUCACGAGCACUUGCCGUAAGGUAUCAUACGAGGUGACGUAGGUGAUUUUGGAGGUAUUGCGACAGCCAUAUAAAUACUCGAUCCUCGUUUUUGUAACUCGAGCACAUGUAGUGCA